AUGACUGACCAACCGCGACCAAUCACUCAAGGCGAGUGGAAUCGGCACAAAGCUACAAUCCUCGAGCUUUAUCACAGCAGAGAGCUUCCACUGCAAAGUAAAGAGGACAAGCAGAGUGUCAUCGAUAUCAUGAGAGAUGAGCAUAGUUUCCUCGCAAGCCCUUCGCAAUACGAGGCCCAAUUCAGACGAUGGGACAUCCCAAAGAAUCUCAAGAAGCACGAGUGGAGGCACAUCAUCGCCAAGAUGGAUGAUUUACAUGCCAAGGGCCUCAAGACGCGACUGAAGGUAGCAGGCAGAAUCGUCAAUGCAAAUAGAAUCAAGCGUAAUCGGCGCCUCUACCUACAGGGGACCUCAGGAACAGCCAACUUCUCGGAUCCGGUACCAAUAGCAUUUACUCAGAGGACAUCUCGUUUUCAGUUAGAGAUUCGCGAUCGGAACGGAGAGUGGUCAUCGUACAGGGAAGGAGAAAACGAAGGUCUCACGAGCAUGUCGGUCGCGCCUCCGACUCACUUUGAUGGCACCUCAAAUGAUCGUCAAAGCCUAUCCCCUCCGAACGCCUCGGGGAUAGGUAUUGACUGCAUUGUGCAGGAUAAUCACCACGAUAACGAGGUGCAGGCGUCUAUUGCGACAUUGGUUCCUACAACAUCGGACCUUAGGUUGGUCAGCGACCUCAACUCAGCCAUACAACCUGAACAUCGCCAACCACACAAUGUUAAGGAAAUAACCAGCACAAAUACCAACCACGACGGUGAUGUUCUAGGGAAUUUAGUCACAAAUCAUGGUGUUUCAUCUUCUGGCGACUCACCAGUACCAUGCACUGCAGCACCAUCAACGCUGGCGGAGCCCGAGUUUAACGAAGGCAUACGUUCGCCCGGAUCUUCGUCGGGGGCAAUCUUUGAAUCCCUGGCGCCGUGUUUCUUCGGUCCAGGUGAAAGUACUGAAUCUAUCUUCGCCCCAAUCUCGCUGCUAGGGGAACCCUCGGCUACUCUGAGCCAUGGGACUGGAAUACCUACAAAUUUCUUCACCGGAAGUUUAGAGGACCCGCAAACCUUUGUGGGACUAAGCCAGGGUUCUCUCUUGGUCUCAUCGCCCAGGAACAGUCCAUAUAGAUCUUUAGGAUCUUGCUUGCCGUUUCCGGACGCAUCUUCGCAAGGCGCGAAUAUGACCCUCUUUGGAGACUUAUCCCUACGGGCUGGCAACUUCUCAUCACUUGCGGAAGGACGACUUUCGCCGCAAACCAACAACUUCGAAACUACGCUAGAAUUUUCCAAGUUGUGCGAAGAAUCUCCAUUCUUCCAGCUUCAGCGCUUCUUUCUAAACAGAGACUCCAGAGCAUCGGGACCAAACAACCAGACAUACCAAGGACUCGGUUUCAAUCGCAGGCAAUUACCAACUUCAAUUGGAGAAGCUACCACAAGCCAUCAUCGAAUAUUCGUAAAGCCCCUCAUUCAGGGCGUUGCGGAGAUGGUGGGAACUAAUACCGGUCGAAGUCAUGGAUUUGUGCUACCUGGUGUUGGGCAGGUACUUGAGUGCAUGGAAUCACUCCUGCCGGAGUAUUUUCAUGGAAACGAAGAUGCCGGAAAGAACUCUAGUCUCGCGACCAUGGAUCUGGUGUUCGACUCGCCGUUUUAUAGAGUACUUCUAUACUCAGUCAUCAAUAACUUCGCUGGACUGGCAACUCUUGGUGUAUCGCCUAUAUACGUACUAAAGGCGAUGACAGCAGAACAACAAGUCGCUCAGCGAUUCUUUGAAUAUUUGGGGUCCAGUCCUUCCAUCGUGGCAAAGCCUCUGGUGGAUAACCUUUUUGCAGUCGGCAUCCAGUCUCAUGACGCACAGGCAGUCACUGCUAUCCUACGAGUAGCACAGGACAAGACACACGCCAUCGAUGUGAACAGAGCUAUCCGAUGUUUCGACAACAGAAAUCGAAAGCCUAUAGAUCUGGCGGCUGGCUCGCUGGACCUUGACAUGAUCGAAGUAUUGCUCAAGGCUGGGGCACGUCUUAAGGGAACUCAAGCCCUUCAAAACAUUAUACAAAAGUUCGACUGCCAAGCUAAGCUCAAGAUGAAGGUUGUCAGGAAGCUUCUAGAUGAGGGUGCAGAUAUCUGUACGAAUCUCAUCUAUUUGUCGCUGCGUGGAGAGAUUGCUUGUAGACAACUUGCAGAGGAACUUCUCUCGCGCGUUUCGCACACUUCAUGCGGUCGACUUUUCGACUCUGAGAAAGUCAGUUGGCACGACGAAGGCUGCUUUCCACUGCUUCCCUCAAUCAUACAGAACUUAAGUGGCAGUGUCGCAACGAGGGUUAUUGAAUACAUUCUAUGCAAAUGCCAGCAUUCGAGGUUAAAACAAGUUCGCUCUGCAGACGUCAAGAAAUAUGAUGACGUCCUGGCCAAGACUCUGACUGUUGCUUCAGCAGAUAACAAUGUUGACCUUGUCAAGAUUCUCUUGCCAUUGCUAAGAAAUAUUCCUUCUUCAGCACUGUCAGCCGCGGUGAGGGGUCGCCAUCGAGAGAUGAUCGAGUUGCUACUAGAGAGUGGCGUCACAUUUAACAAGCACCGACCCUUGGGCAUGCUAUUUAAUAUUAGUUCUGACGAACUGAAGAAAUGCUCCUGUCAAAAAAAUUGUAUACGUCCAAGCUGCUUCGAAAGGCGGCUUUUGACGCCUCUGUCAGAGGCUAUUUUGUUAGAGGACCGAGACCUCGUGAGUAGGUUAGAGGGCCUUGGGGCCCUCCCCAGUCGCUAUGAAGGCUUUGAGUCAUUCUGCUUUGCAGAUGUGGCAAGCGCAGCUGCAAGAAUUGGCGAUACCGAAUAUGUGCAGAUGCUUAUUCAGCGUUCACCAGGAAUGGUGAGAACCUCUUCAACCGGCGCUCUUCUCACAGCUACAGCCAAUGGCAAACUCAGCACAGUAUCGGUGCUUCUUGAUGCUGGAGCAGAUAUCAAUGGAAUGUGGGAUUUCUACCAGUAUUCAAAAAAGAAGGCGCCGGGAAGGUUGAGAUAUCUUCGGAGACGUCCUUUUGAGUACGCAAUCAUCCGCCAGAAAAGAGGGAUUAUGGAAGAAAUGCUCGAGUGUGACGUACAAACCACCUUGGCUUGCUAUGUGGAGGCUGCCGUGUCAUGCGGCGAUCUUGGCAUUAUCGAUAAUCUACUCUUGAUGAAAGCUCUAAUAUCCCACAGGGCUCUUUGGAAAGCAUUGAAAGUUGGAAAUAAUGAGAUUCUCCGUCGUUUAUCAGAAGGCUAUUGGAGGCAAGGUUCACUUCACCGGACUGCUGGCUCCUUUCUGAUUACAAAAGCCAUAGAGUCGGGGAAUUACCUACUGCUGAGUAGCCUUUUGGAACAUGGGAGGACGGCUGAUGAGAAGGCAAUGAUCGCCGCCACUGAAAACAGAGACUUCCGGGCGAUAGACCUCCUCUUAAAACACAAUACACGUCUGCGCAAAGCUUUGAGAGCUGCCGUGAAAAAGAACGAUCCCGACAUGCUUCGUUUCUUGCUCUCCAAGGGCACAAACCCGGCCGACGAGCAAUCUCUCCUAUACGCCAUGGAAAGAGACCAAGCAGCUUACCACAUACUUUUAGGAGCCUUCCGGGCGAAGUACCCCGAAGGACUUGUUGGCUUCGGUCCGCAAUUGUUGAAGAAUGCAAUGAGGAGAAAAAACACUUCGCUACUCACAAACCUAUUGGCAGCACAAAUGGAUGCAAACAGUUUCAGCAAAUUUAGCCUUCCAGAUGAAAACUUGAAGCGCCGCCGUCGAUUUGAAUGGGAAAUAACUACCCCAUUGGGCUUUGCAAUCCUAUACGGAGAGGAUACAAGUUUUGCCCUGGUGCACAUAAUGCUAGCGGCUGGGGGUGACGCCAAUGCUAUAGUGUCCAAAAGUGAUCCCACGAACGAGGAGACGACUGUGUGGCCAUUGAAAACAGCAUUACUACAGGCGAUAGAGGCUAGGAAUUACCAGCUGGUCGAGCUUCUUCUGACUCAUGGAGCAGAUGUAAACCAUCCAGCGCGGAGGGGGAUUAAACGCACACCCCUCCAGAUGGCAUGCGAAGUGUGCAGCUUGAAGAUCGUUCAACUACUCUUAAACUGGGGCUCAGAUGUGAAUGGCGCCCCGGCCGUCAGAGGGGGCGGGACUGCGCUACAACUGGCUGCAAUCAGCGGGAGCAUCAAGAUAGUUCAACUCGUUCUCAGCCGUGGUGCCGACGUCCAUGCGCCUGGGUCUCGGGUUUUGGGGCGGACAGCUUUUGAAGGUGCCGCAGAGCAUGGACGAUUGGAUGUCCUCAAAGUCAUAUGGGAUGCUGCUUUUCCUGAAGGGAUCGAUGAGGCACAGGCGACCAGAGCCCUACGACUAGCUCGGGGAAACGGCCACCGUGGAUGUGAGGACUACAUUUGUUACCUUGUGCCAACAGCCGAUGUUCCAGGAGCGUAUGGUGACUUUGAUCCUACAUUAUCAUCGCGCCAGGCCGAGAACUUUCCAGGUGGUUAUCGCCGGGGAUUUCGCAAACGCAGAUCUAGCCACCGUCAUAGCACAAGCAGUAUCGAUUCUGGCAACGACGAAUCUGAUUUCUCCUAUGUUGCAAGUAGUGUUGAGGGCGAAGAUAGUACAGAUUAUGAAAGCUCGGAUGAUGGGACAGAAAGUGAUGAUGAUGAUUGGCUAAUAUAA